CUUCUGUUUUUUUAAUUGAACCGCUGCUCGUUCACAACCUAAAGCUCUCUGACGUAAUGGACCUCGUCAUUCCUUCACAGCUUCAGGGAGACUCCAAAACUCUUAUUUUGACAUUUCAAUUCACCCGGGUGAGAGUCAAAGAUGGUGCAGGAGUACCAGUCUCCUGUCCGGGUCUAUAAGUACCCCUUCGAGUUGGUCAUGGCGGCAUAUGUGCGGAGAUUCCCAAAGUGCGCUCUGAUCCCAAUGUUUGUCGACAGCGAGGUCAUCAACCAGAGUCGAAGCCAAGACGGCUCGGUCCUCGUGACCGAGAGGCGCUGCACCAUCGACGUGGACGCCCCCCGGCUUCUCAAGCGGAUUGCAGGUGUAGAGUUCCUGUACUUCAUCCAGAAGAACACUCUGAACUACAGAAACAGGACCCUCCAUAUCGAAGUCCACAAUGAGACAUUCUCAAACCGGGUCAUGGUCCGCGAGUUCUGCAGCUACACGGUUCAUCCAGAGAAUGAGGACUGGACGUGCUUUGAACAGGCAGCAAGUCUGGAUAUCAAGUCAUUUUUUGGCUUUGAGAGCACCGCAGAGAAGAUAGCCAUGAAACAGUACGCUAGUAGCAUAAAACAGGGUAAAGAAAUAAUCGAGCAUCAUCUCAGAGAGCUGCAGGAAGAAGGAUUAACUCACAUACCUCGCUGGACCGCCUCCGCCGAAAGUGCAAGGCCGACCUUCUCUGCUGCCAUCCCCGUGAACGCUGGCGGGGAAGGACAGGCGGGUAACCCAGCUACAGAGCUGGUGGCCGGUUCACCCGAUGAUAAAUUGGAUGCUGACUACAUCAGACGUUACCUUGGUGAUUUAACGCCUCUGCAGGAGAGCUGUCUGAUCCGACUGCGUCAAUGGCUGCAGGAAACCCACAAGGGCAAGAUUCCAAAGGAUCAGCAUGUCCUACGCUUUCUCAGAGCCAGAGAUUUCAAUAUGGACAAGGCCAGAGAGUUCCUGUGUCAGUCUCUCACCUGGAGGAAGCAGCACCAAGUGGACUUCCUUUUGGACACCUGGGAGCGCCCACAGCUGCUUCAGGACUUCUUCACUGGAGCCUGGCACCACCAUGACAGGGAUGGGCGUCCUCUAUAUGUUCUCCGUCUGGGUCAGAUGGACACCAAGGGCUUAGUGAGAGCUUUAGGAGAAGAGGUUCUGCUGAGACAGGUUCUGUCGCUCAAUGAGGAAGGACUGAGGCGCUGUGAGGAGAACACCAGAGUUUUCGGUCGACCCAUAAGCUGUUGGACGUGCCUGAUGGACCUGGAUGGCCUGAACAUGCGUCACAUGUGGAGACCAGGAGUUAAAGCUCUGCUGAGAAUCAUCGAGGUGGUUGAAGCCAACUACCCGGAGACUCUGGGCCGCCUGCUUAUAGUUCGCGCUCCGAGGGUUUUUCCGGUUCUGUGGACUUUGGUUAGUCCCCUGAUUGACGAGAACAGUCGGAAGAAGUUCCUUGUUUAUGCUGGAAAUGACUACCAGGGUCCAGGAGGCCUGGUGGACUACAUUGACAGAGAAAUCAUCCCAGACUUUCUAGGAGGAGCCUGCCUGUGUGACAUCCCUGAUGGAGGAACUGUUCCCAAAUCUCUGUAUAGAACUGCAGAGCAGCUUGAGAGUGAGGAGAACUGCCUGCUGACUGACUGUAUCUACAAGACUGCUAACAUCUUCAAGGGAACUCCAUUUGAGAUGCUGAUUGAGAUCACGGAAGCCUCCUCUGUCAUCACAUGGGACUUUGACGUGUCUAAAGGAGACACGGUUUUCAACAUUUAUCAUUCCAAGAGGAUUCCUCAGCUUCCAAAAAAGGACACUCUGGGAGCUCACGGCAUCACGUCUCUAGGUUCUAUGAACACUCAGCUGAUAGAUAAGAGCUGGGUGCUGGGGCAGGACUAUAGCAUGGUGCAGAAGGCUCUAAUAUGCAGGGAGGGAGAAAGUAUACAAGGCUCCCACAUCACACGCUGGCCUGGUUUCUACAUCCUCCAGUGGCGCUUCCACAGCUCUGCCGCCGGUGCUGCCUCCAGCCUGCCGCGCGUGGACGAUGUGCUGGCCUCCCUGCAGGUCUCCUCCCACAAGUGCAGAAUCAUGUACUACACAGAGGUGCUGGCCUCAAACGACUUCAGGGGAUCCCUGAGCAGUCUGGAAUCGUGUCAAAGUGGUUUCUCACAGCUUAGCGCUGCUACGACUACCUCCAACCAAUCACAUGCCAGCUCCACUCUUUCAAGGUAGCAUCUGUUCAGCAGCUGUUGGAAUGCAACAGUGGACUACAUCUACAUGCCUUUUAGGGCUUUGAGGACUUGGAGACGAUCAAUAAAUGUGAUUAAACUGUUUCCAUUUCAUUGAUUUUUGGAUUUCACUAGAGUCCAUUUUUAUUGACCGAUCCUUGAGCUUCAUGCGUGAUGAAGGAAAUACUUAAAGCAUUGAACAUCACAUGUACGUCCUCUGUUUUUAGGAAUUUUUUAUCCUACAAAAGAGAGCAAGUCUGGAUGGAAAGAAAAACACAUUUUGAUGUUUUGCUGCUUUUAUCCACUAGAUGUCAGUGUUUCUCCUCAUCUGUAACGGCUCUGGGUUCUGCUGUGGAACAUCUGGGCUCACAGGAAGCUAGAAAUGGUCAAAUGAAAAAAGUUUUGCUGUAAUAUUUAUGUCUCAAGAGAUGAUGUCAUUUUUUAAAAAUCUUUUGAACACAGUUGGAGUAGUAAUGAAAUUAAUCAUUUUUGAAUUUAUUUGUGCCUUAAUUAUAGAUAAAGCAAUAGAUCUGCCAUGUUUUUUGCGUAUUUCAUUGUUUCAUAAACCACUUCCCAGAUUCCA